AUGGUCGAAAAGGUCUACAUCACAUACAAUCAGGCAAGUAAAUGCACUCGACGAUCUGUCACAUGCCGCCAAAUCAUCGAGCCUGGAGAUUAAUAUUGUGUCUUCGUCGCAGAUCCACAAACUCUGCCAGGAUGCGGCCGGUCGUAUCCUCGAAGAGUUCAAGCCCAACCUCAUGAUUGCGAUCGGUGCGACCCUCGGCGUUCACAGGCCUCGACCUUUAGUCCCUUCUUGCUAACAUCUAGUAGGCGGUGGUGGAUACGUUCCCGCGCGUAUCCUCCGGUCAUUCCUCAAGAAGCCCGGCAGCCCCAACAUCCCUAUACAAGCCAUCGGCCUCUCCCUCUACGAGUCCCUCCCGACCGACAACCAGAUCGAAAAGCCAGGCACCAAGGUCACGCGAACACAAUGGCUCGACCUGAGCAGUCUGGAAAUGGCGAGCCUGAUCGGCAAGAGCAUUCUGAUCGUGGAUGAGGUAGAUGAUACGCGCACGACGCUCGAGUACGCGGUCAAGGAGCUGCAGAAGGACGUUGCGAUUGCGGCCAAGAACGAAGGCAAGGAUCCCGAGAGCACCAAGUUCUCCAUCUUUGUACUACAUAACAAGGACAAGCCCAAGCGCGGACACUUGCCAGAAGAUACGGUGAAUAAGAAUCGUUACAUCGCAGCUCGGACGGUGCCAGACGUGUGGAUCAACUACCCGUGGGAAGCAACGUGGGUGCACAGCGCAACUGAUUGACAUUGCAGACCUGUUAACAUGGACACAGUGACAUCGACGAGCACGACCGCAUGGCUCAACAACAGACGAUUGAGUAG